AUGCAGGCCAACAGGUACGUGCCGCAGCUGACACCCAAGGAAGAGCAAGAGGAGGAGGAUGCGGCUUACGUACGCGCUCUGCAACUCACAGCUGGCACCGUCUUGGCCAUGGUCCUCAAGGUGGCCCUCGAGCCCGACCUCUUUGAGGUCAUCGUCACGGCUGGCCCGGGAAACGCAAUGAGCCCCGAGGAGAUUGCCGCCCGGCUUCCGACCCAGAACCCGCAGGCACCCAUCUGGGUGGAUCGCAUUCUCCGCUUGCUCGCCGCCAACAGCAUCGUCGGCUGCACCGUGGAGUCCGGCUUCGAUGGUCGCCUCUCGCGGAAGUACAGCAUGGCACCCAUCUCCAAGUUUUUCACCAAGAGUCACGAUUCUUCGUUUGCUAGCGUGGUUUGGCUAGGUACCGACAAAGUCUACAUGGAUGUACGGUAA